AUGUACGAUGGCUAUGGACAUGGAUUUGAGGGGUUGCAGGACUUGGAAUUGGAGAACAUGCCGCCGCCAUUGGCGUUGUGCCAUGAUGAAUCUGAUUAUAGAAAGGAUAAUCUCCAUGAAAACAAGAUUAAUGAGUUAAGAUCACCUGAAGAACAAGAAACUAACAACAAUAAUAAUCAUUGUUCGUCUAAGGCACUUUCAAAGGAGAUAAUUAGCCAGUAUUUUUACAUGCCAAUAACUAGGGCAGCUAAAGAACUCAACGUUGGCUUAACUUUGCUCAAGAAAAGAUGCAGAGAGUUGGGCAUUCAAAGAUGGCCUCAUAGGAAGCUCAUGAGCCUCCAAACAUUAAUCAGGAAUGUUCAGGAGAUGGGAAAGGAGGGAGGAGAUAAAAACGAAGCAAAGCUAAGAGAAGCCAUACAAAUUCUAGAGCAAGAAAAGAAAUUGAUGGAAGAAAUGCCUGACCUACAACUUGAAACAAGAACAAAGAGACUAAGGCAAGCUUGCUUUAAGGCAAAUUACAAGAAAAGAAAGAUGAUCAACAACUUGAAUUACGAUGUAAGCUCCCAAUCUUCUUCUUCUUCUGCUAGCAACUCCACCGAUUACGCGAAUUUUGGGACUAGCAAUGGUGAUGAUGAGCAAUAUGGAGAUGAUGUUGAUGCUAUGGAUGACGUGAACUUUUCUUACUUUUGCUCAUGAUCAAUUUGUUCAUGGUGAUAUAAGUUUAGUUUUAGGGGGGGUAAUAAUUAAUUAGAGUUACAUCUUGCAACUCUGUUGCAACUUUUGUUUAGUUUACCUUAAUUUAGAUGGAAGAAAAGAAGAAUGUUUUUUUUUUUUUUUUGACAUCAGCAUAACUAAAGAAGAAUGGUUUAACUGAUGUAGUUUUUGUUUAGACGUUUUUCUUAUUACUAGCAAUAAGAACCUGCAUAUGUACGUAUUAAUAUCUACUACCUAGCAAGAAAUAUAAGACAAAUAAUUUAUCAAAAUCAAUGACAAUGUGCAUACAUAAGGAGAUUGAUCAAGAACAAGUUAGUAUUUAUAAUUUUAUUGUUGUG